AUGGGUGCUGCUUAUCAAAUUUUCGGGAAAACUUUCCAACCACAUCAAUUAGCUUUAGCCACUUUAGGUUCAGUUGUGUUAUUGGUUUUACCAAAACCAUGGGGUCCACCAAGUCCAACCACACCACCAAUUAAAGCCUCCUCUCCAGAAGAAGAAAAAUUCAUUCAAGAAUGGUUAGCUAAACAUACUGAAGAAAAACAUUAA